UGACCUACUGCCCGUCUCCUAGGCCACUAAACCACGGCUGUGCCCCGGAGUAAGACAACAGGGACUGUAGAGCGAAGCAGAGGCCCGAGCCAGACCAGGAACCACUUCCUCUCCCAGGUCUUCCUUCAGACGCUGACAUGGCCCAGCUGGCGACAACAGAGCUGCUGCUCCUUCUGGCAGUGGUGACCACAGUGUGGGCAGCCCGGCACAGGACUGAGCUUCUCAAUGUCUGUAUGGAUGCCAAGCACCACAAGGAAAAGCCAAGCCCGGAAGAUGAGCUGCAUGAGCAGUGCAGUCCCUGGAAGAAGAAUUCCUGCUGCUUUGCCAACACCAGCCGAGAAGCCCAUAAGGACAUUUCCUACCUGUACAGAUUCAACUGGGACCACUGCGGACAGAUGGCACCUGCCUGCAAACAGCACUUCAUCCAGGACACCUGCCUCUAUGAGUGCUCCCCCAACCUGGGGCCCUGGAUCCAGCAGGUGAACCAAAGCUGGCGCAAAGAACGCAUCCUCAACGUGCCCCUGUGCAAGGAGGACUGUCAGCAAUGGUGGGAGGACUGUCGCACGUCCUACACCUGCAAGAGCAACUGGCACAAGGGCUGGAACUGGAGCUCAGGGUAUAACCAGUGCCCAGCUGGAGCUGACUGCCACCCCUUCCACUUCUAUUUCCCCACACCUGCUGCUCUGUGCAGUGAAAUCUGGACUCACUCCUACAAACUCAGCAACUACAGCCGAGGGAGUGGCCGCUGCAUCCAGAUGUGGUUCGACCCGGCCCAGGGCAACCCCAACGAGGAGGUGGCGAGGUUCUAUGCCUUGGCCAUGAGUGCCGGGGCCCUGCCCCAUGGGAUCGAGCCUCUCCUGCUCAGCCUGGUCCCAAUGCUGCAACUCUGGCUGCUCAGCUGAGCUCCUUUCACCUUGGAUACCUGCACAGCCCUGCCCAGUUCAGCCCCAUAGCUCCCAGCUAUUCACUUCCGGUUCCUUGGAUGGGGGCGGGGCUCUGGCUGACAUCUGAAUAAACCAGACACCCAACAUGUAUUAAGUGAA